AAACAAAUCACUCCAGCCGGGACCUCUGAGCUGCUACUGAAGAACAACAAGCAGAACUCAAUCUGUAUUUGAAGUUUUCCCCCUCUGUUUUUUCUCUUUCCCCCUACACUCCUUUUUAAAACUUCCCUCUAAAGCUUUUUUCUAAACUCCUACUCACAAUUCCCUCCCUCUCCAACUCACUCUUACUCUGGCUACAGCCGGGCUGGACCAGCGGCCCCCUCCUCUGUGUGAAUCUGUCAGGGGAGUGUGUAUGUGUGUGAGCCAUUGAGGACACUUCUUUUUAAACUUACAGCAGUCUUUAGGAGCAGUGGGCAGGCUUUUCCAGAGUGUGAGAGAGGAGAGGAGCCCCCUGUGGUGCUGUGAUUUGACCAAACAAACAGCCGGGCUCAGAGCGGUACCUCAUCCGGCGGACUCUCGGGACAGCGGAGAUUAACCUCAGACUCUGAACAUCUGAGGGAUCUAUACAUCUGAGGCAGCAGCCCCUGUAGAGACAACCAGCUGGAAGUCUUUCCUCUGAUUUCAGAAGGAGGGGACCGACUGCUGGCAGACAAACUCCUCGGACAGAGAGGGAAGUCUACACUUGUAGGAUCACUCUGAAGAAUAAAGUGCAUUGAAUGCUUUUACCAUGAGGAGGGGGACGGCAUCCACGCUUCAUCUGACGGUCACAGUGACAGCUCUCCUGUAUUUCUGCACCGAGCUGCGCUGUGUAGAGAUCUCACCCGAUGACAAAGAGCUCACCUUGGCUGAAGGCUCCUUUCUCAACCUCACCUGCUCCGGCUCAGGGGAAACCACCUGGGAGUUCAAGAGGGACGAUGUGCCGUACUGCCAAGUGGAACAAGUUCAAAAUGGUGGUCCUAGCUACCAAAUUGUGCAAAGCAACAUCACAUCCAGUGUUUUGAGCUUGUGGAACAUGAGCUGGAAGCACACAGGGGUGUAUCUGUGUGUUGACCGACACACUGGAGAAACUAAGGAGGUGGCUGUUUUUGUUCCAGACCCUGAGGUGUGGUUCAUAGAGCGCUCCCACGGCAUGGUUACAAAGACCAGUGAGGAGAGCACCGUCCCCUGUGUGGUGAGCAAUCCUGACAUCAACGUCACCCUGUAUGAGAGGGACACUGAUCAGCCCAUCAGGGGGCUGUAUGUCCCCAGCGAGGGGUACAAGGCACCGCUGGAGGAACGGACCUAUGUGUGUCGUGGAGAGAUGAACGGGGAGGUGAUGGAGUCUCAGGCCUUCUACGUCUACAGCGUUACCAUCCCAGAGGCCAUCGACGUCUACAUCAAUGCGUCGAACACCGUCCUGAAGCAGGGCGAACCGCUGACUGUAAACUGCACAGUGCACGGAGUGGAGAUAGCAGAUUUCUCCUGGGAUAUGCCCAAUAGUGAGGAUGUCGAGCCGCUGACAGACGUCCUGCCCAACAUGAACAUGCGCUCCUUCCUGAUCUUCCCUCACGCCACGGUGGCCAACAGCGGAAACUACGUGUGCCAUGUCCACGAGCCUGUCCUAGACCAGACUGCUUCUGCCAGCGUCAACAUCACUGUGCUCGAGCGAGGUUUUGUGGACGUGAAGGCGGCUCGGAAACAAAACAUUUCAGCCCGGCUGCAGGAGAACGUGGAGCUGAGGGUGGAGAUUGAAGCCUACCCUCCCCCUCAGGUCCGCUGGAGCAAAGACGGGGCCACCAUCAAGGGACACAAACCCAUCACAACCAGACAAGAGCAUGAGAUCAGGUAUGUCACUAUUCUAACCUUGGUAAGGGUGAGGACGGAGCAGAAGGGCCUCUACAGCGUCCUGGUCACAAACGGAGAUGACACAAAGGAAGUGACGUUCGACCUGGAAGUACAAGUUCCCUCUCAGAUUAAAGACCUGACGGACCACCACCUCCCUGGAAAGAAACACUUGGUGACCUGUGUCGCUGAGGGGGUCCCAGUCCCGAGCAUCCAGUGGUACAGCUGUGACAGCAUGCACAAGUGUAGCAACCAGACGGAGGUGUGGCAGCCUCUGAUAGCAGAGCCAGAGGUGGUGAGCAUCCGGACCAACGUGAGCUACAACGACACUCGUAAAACAAGCCAGGUGCGGAGCCAGGUGACCUUCCACAAGCCCCAGCAGGUGACGGUGCGCUGCGAGACCAGCAACCGGGCCGGACUCCUCGACAGAAGAGACGUCAAACUGGUGUCCAACACGCUGUACUACCAGGUGGCAGUGUUGGCUGCUGUUCUGGCCUUAGUGGUCAUCAUUAUCAUAUCCAUCAUCAUCCUCGUUGCUGUAUGGAGGAAGAAACCUCGCUAUGAGAUCAGAUGGAAAGUGAUAGAGUCUGUGAGCCAGGAAGGGCACGAGUACAUCUACGUGGAUCCCAUCCACCUGCCUUAUGACCUGGCCUGGGAGAUGCCACGAGACAACCUGGUGCUGGGUCGCACUCUUGGAUCAGGAGCCUUUGGCAGGGUGGUUGAGGCAACUGCGUACGGUCUCACUCAUUCCCAGUCCAGCACAAAGGUUGCGGUGAAAAUGUUGAAAUCUACAGCCAGGAGGAGUGAGACUCAGGCUCUGAUGUCAGAGUUGAAGAUAAUGAGUCACCUGGGCCCACACCUCAACAUCGUGAAUUUGCUGGGAGCUUGCACCAAACAAGGCCCUCUGUAUCUGGUGACAGAGUACUGUCGUUAUGGCGACCUGGUGGACUACCUGCACAGGAACAAGCACAGCCUGCUGCAGAACUACGCCGAGAAGAACCAGGAUGAAAGCUGCCUCAUCUCCGGAGGAAGCACUCCACUCAGCCAGAGGAAAGGCUAUGUGUCCUUUGGGAGUGAGAGUGACGGAGGAUACAUGGACAUGAGUAAAGAUGAGCCCUCCAUCUACAUGCCCAUGCAGGAGCAUAUGGACACCAUCAAGUAUGCAGACAUCCAACCCUCUCCAUACGAGUCUCCCUACCAGCAUGACAUCUAUCAGGAACAAGGUGGCAGCAGAUUGGACCUGUUCAUCAGUGACUCUUCUGCCCUCACAUAUGACGAUCUGUUGGGCUUCAGCUACCAAGUCGCCAAGGGGAUGGAGUUCCUCGCCUCCAAGAAUUGCGUCCAUCGUGACCUCGCUGCCAGGAAUGUGUUGAUUUGCGAGGGGAAACUGGUGAAGAUCUGCGACUUCGGCCUGGCCAGAGACAUCAUGCAUGAUUCCAACUACAUCUCUAAAGGCAGCACCUUCCUGCCCCUGAAGUGGAUGGCACCAGAAAGUAUUUUCCAUAAUUUGUAUACCACCCUGAGCGACGUGUGGUCGUACGGCAUCCUUCUUUGGGAGAUUUUCUCUUUGGGAGGAACCCCCUACCCUGAUCUGCCCAUGAAUGAGUUGUUCUACAGCGCUUUGAAGAGAGGCUACCGAAUGUCCAAACCUGCACACGCCUCCGAUGAAGUUUAUGAAAUCAUGAAGAAGUGCUGGGACGAGAAGUUUGAAAGUAGGCCUGAGUUCUCCUUUCUGGUCCAAAGUGUUGGGAAUAUGCUGACCGACAGCUACAAAAAGAAAUACAGCCAAGUCAAUGACAGCUUCUUGAAGAGUGACCAUCCAGCAGUCACCCGCACCAAACCCAGGCUCUCCUCACCCUUUCCGAUCGGCAACCCAGCUUUCGGGUCCCCACCCCCGCACUACGUCCCCCCGGACCCCUACACCCAGAGCCCGGGCCCCGGAGAAUUCAGAGAAGAGGCAGACACACAGGAAGUCGUAACUGCAUACAACGAAUACAUCAUCCCCAUCCCAGACCCCAAGCCCGAUGACGUUUUCACUGAUGUCACAUCAGAAAGCCCUGCAAGCUCUCUGGCUCUGGAGGAGGAGACUGACUCCAUGUCGGCUGACACUCUCCCAGAAGAGGACCGGCCGGAGGACACCAGCGAGAGAGACGCUCUGCUGGGCUGCUCCGGGACGCCCGAGGUAGAAGACAGCUUCUUGUAGCCAUGUCUAGGAACCCCGAGAAAAAUAACCCUUUGCUGGGAAAUUAAAUGUUUAAUCCUGGGAGGCCACCAUGAUUUCCUCUAAACACUAGAGAAGUUUUACCCUUUUUUGAGUUUUGUAUGAAACUUAGUACCUCUAUAACUUAAGAGGCUACCAAUAAUGAGCAGGAUGUUAUCUUCCAGGCAUUUCAUGGAAGAUUGGGAUAAUAUAGAUAAGGUACUCUCCUCACACUCUUAUCAGUUUACAGUCAGUAAAGACUUAUGUGCCUUUUUAGUUAAAAAAUACUUAGCCAUGUGUGUCUUUUAAGGCCUUUACUGUUUUAUAUCACCCUUAACUGUUCACAACCACUGAAUAACACAAAAUGAUUAGCACAACAAUAUAAACAAACCAUAAACAAAUGUACAGAAAUACUGUUCAAACAAGACCAAUGUGUAGUUCACAUUUAAGUGAUAAUCAUUAUCAUUAAGUCAUUUAAUUUGAACUUUAUGUUACAUUUCUUCCUGAAGUACGAUCAGUAGCUGUGUUCACUGUAUUAUAAUAUUUUUAUAAAAUGUUAUUUCCAGGACAUGAAAUACAGACAGAAUCUACAUGCACUGUUUUACUAUGAGAAAUACUUUCUUUUUAGUUACAUAUUCCAUAAUGAUGUUUUUUUAGCUUCUUUUUUUUAGAUUUAUAUGAAACGUUUAUGAGUUUUUGUGAAUUUUAUACUUGUUUUUAAUUCAUAGUUUUGUGCCAGAUUUGCACUUUAUUAAGAAACAAAUUGGGAUUUUCAUAAGGAAGUUAUACAGUAAAUGUUCUCGACACAAAAAAGGGGAAUAGUCCAACUGAGAAUCAUGUGGCUGUUACAGUAAAUCAGUUUCUGUGACCACAGGUGACUUUCUCAAACUCGUAAUACAGCGUAUCACUGCCUUAGCACAAGACGGCAUGCAUGAGUGCCUUUGUAUAAACUUUUAAAGAUCUUUAUCUUGCAGCUAUUGUUGAUAUAUAGAGUUAUUGUACUGUUGCUGUUUGUGUACAUGUUAAAUGAUGCUUUGAGUCUUCUGUUGUAUAGCAUUCCCUCACACCAUUUCCACCAUUAAACACCACACAUUAUCAUUCUCUGUAGCAAUUUUAAAAUGCACAAGAUCACUGUAUCACAAGCUACGGUACCAAAGCUCUUUACAAAUGUAUUUUUUAUAUGUGCCAUUGUAUGUUGUAAAUGUGACAAUAAAUGUGUAUUAUCAUAA